AUGUCCGGCUACACCUCACCAGGUCGAUACACGAUUGAGACCCUGACUCUCAAUGUAGCGAUGGAGAUUUUGCGAAGUCCAGAAAACCACCGCAGCCCGUCUGUCCUCAUAAGUCUCGCAACUCGGUUGGCCAUUCAGGCUGGGUAUCACAGGGAUCCAAAGUACUACGCGAAUAUUUCAGUAUUCGACGGAGAGAUGCGUCGGCGGGUCUGGACUUACCUCUCUUUGCUGGACUAUUAUGUCUCAAUCCAGGCGGGCCUACCCCCAACAAUAAUUCGAGAUCAAUGUGACAUCGAGGAACCUCGAAAUUUGACCGAUGAUGACUUGAUUCCAACCGCUACUGUGUUGCCACCAUCGAGACCUCUGAGUGAAAAGACUGCAGUUCUGUUUCCCAUCAUCCUCAAAAGAGUCUUGGUUGCGGAUGCGGAGAUUAUCGGCAAGAAUUGCUCUGGCAAAGGUUUACCUUAUGAUGAAGUUCUCCGCAUGGAUGGUCACCUCCAAGCAAUCUCUGCUUCAAUUCCUCCCCAGUUGAGGAUAAGGUCUUUGGGUGAAGCAAUUGCAGACAGUCCGAGUACAAUCACAGAACGCUACAACAUCGAUCUGAUAUAUCAGAAGAGCUUGUGUGACCUGCAUCGCCGAUACCUGGUUCAACACCGUCUCGAUCCCGCCUACGAAUAUUCGCGCAAAGUUUGCAUUGCUGCCGCAAAGGCAGUCCUUCAACAUCAGUCAGACAUCUUCGAAGCAGGUAGCGCAGGCGGCCAAUUGAGUUUCGCCUCGUUUUUCUUCACCCCGAUAGUCGCAGUUCAUUUUCGCUCAGCUGCCAUGCUCCUUUGUUUGGAAAUCUCUUGCCAGUCACGGUUUGAUCUUAAACAGCAUUUAUCUCCUGAGCAACGUCAGGCAAUCUUGGAUCAAAGGAAGGAUCUGUCCAAUGAGAUCGAAAGAGCUCACAGUAUCUGGGACCAGUUGCGACAUCAGUCGAAGGAGGCGUCAAAGACCGCUGAUGCUCUCCAAAUCAUGCUCACCGUGACGAAUCACCACCUGCAGCAUGGGGCGACGCCUCAGCAGACGCAGCAGCCCUCCUGGUCCCAAACCAGUAUCAACAGAACAGACACUACCCAAUCUUACAGUCAGUUAGCCUGA